AUGAACGAACACGUAACUAGACCGAUAUCAAUUCAAAAUGUAACCCUGACUAUUGCAGAUACUGGAGUCAAGCCCUUCACCUGUGAGAAAUGUGGGCAACAAUUCUCGCGCCUGGAUAGUCUUCACCGGCACUCAAAGCGUCAUCCUGCUCAAUUAGGACAAUAUCAGAGUCAACCAACGGAGACUUCAAGUCCUAUUUUGCACCAAGGACUGCUGGAUACACAGGAAAAAGCCUACUCAUUACCACAUAUCGAUGUGCAGUCGUCAAGAAAUGAUGCAUAUACUGAUCCGCCACCAGCAUCAGAUAACCUACUGGUUACGAAUGACACCUCUGAUUUCCUGAACUGGCCUGGUUCGACAGAACUAUUGCAAUCUAUCUUAUCGGCCGAGUUUGUCAAUCUUCCUUCGUUGGAGAUCCUUCCCUCGCAAAUGAUGCGCUCGACGGAGUCACCAGCGACAGAGAGCAAUCCGACGUCGCCAUCACUUAACCUACGCGAGCAGCAAAGCCCCUGGCUUGGAGGACAGAAUGCUGUGCAUCAUCUGAGUGAGAUCAUCAACACCACGUCUACAAACGUUACAUCGGAAGCCCAAAGCAUCGGUUUGACCAGUUCUUUCCUCGAUAGUUGCCUACAUAUGUUUUUCGAAGAAUUCGUGCCACUGUUUCCCGUCGUGCAUGCACCAACGUUCGUUUUCAAGGAUUGGACGCAUCCCCUGUUGUUGAAUGCAAUAGCAUUAGGAUCAUUAUUCGUAGGCAAGAGCGACUACGUGAAGAAGGGCGAGAUACUUUGGCGACUUGCUUAUACCGCAGUCGCUGCGUCGUGGCAUACAUUGAUUAAACACCGGGGCCCUUACGAUUCUGCAUGUGGAGUACAGCUGGUUCUUACCGCACUCCUAGGCCAGGUCUACGCAAAUCUCUCAAAGAAUCGGAAGCUACAGAUGACUGCCCAGGUAUUCCAUAGCCUCGGGUUUUAUUGGGCUCAUGAGACUGGGAUGUAUGAUAUCCAAUAUGACAAUCCCACCGUCGCUAGGGAUGUCCACAAUGCUCCGGAGAAUAUCGAACAUGAAUGGAGAAUUUGGGCGGCAAAAGAGACCAAACUUCGAGCUCUUCUGGGGCAUUAUAUACUGGAUGGGCAAAUCUCAGAGUUUAGCGGCAGGCCAACAUCGCAGCGUCAUACUAGUCACUCCUUGCAGAUGAGCUCAAGUGAUGCUGCGUUUCAGGCACCAGACGCCCUGCAGUGGCGCCACGCCCACAUCGAACCGACCCACCAGCAUGCUCCGUUCAUAAGGCAGUUCUCAAUGCUAUUCUCAGAUCACAUGCACGCCAGACACCUAGGACCUUCGCUGUCUUCUUUCAAUGCAUCAGUAAUUCUGGAAGGUAUAAAGUCGCUAGCAACCGAACGAUAUCCCGUGGGGAUGAAGCCUGUUGGCGUUCCUACUAAUGCUGACCUAGCAAGAGCGCGAAGUCGGCUUUAUUCCUACAUCCUGCAAAGUACCAAGCUGUCACUAGCAACCCAGCAGGCAGUCAUGAUGAGAUGGCAUGCAAUCAGUGCAGAUGCAGUCCUCAAUCUUGGUGGGCUCUGCCGGAGUAUUUGUGGCCAGUUUCAAAUCGAACAACAUGUCUUUGGGAGACAGACAGAUGCAUCUCUCGAUCUUGAUGUCUGGAAAGAUACCUCAAGAGCUCGCUUGGCCUUGUUACAUGCAAGGGGAAUUUACCAGAUACUCCGAGAAAUGCCUUUGACAAAGCUCCGAUCGAUACACGUGCCAGUGGCUAUCUUCAGUGCUAGCCUCAUUUUCUGUACGUUCAUGCUGGCAGGUGUAAAGAGCAUUUGUGUCCCAUCCGAUGUCAAUUGGGAGAGUCUGCUCUUAAUUGAUCUCGAGGCGGACAUAGAUUACCCAGCGGAUGACCUUGAUGUUGCAGCACGGCAAUUCCUACGAGAUCCGCUCGUUCAGAUAAACUCAAACACGCAUCUUCUAUAUAACACAAACUUCCUUUGUGGUACGCUUAAGAACCUGGAACAGCCGUGGGGAAUCUCAGAGACCAUGCAUGCAUUCCUGCAGAACAUUUUGUCAUUAUGUUCGUAG